AUAGUUUCACACGGACGGGUCAGGUCUCUGACUAGAUCACCGAAACCCACCGCGCCUGUAGAACUUUUCAUGUUUUUGUCGUAUUUUUGAAGCUGUCUUGGGCCAAACUCUUGCAAAUAUCAGCACUUUCGAAAAAGGUGUAAUUAUUGUCGAAAGAACCCACCAAGAAAUCCACAUAUUGCAGGAGUAGUCAUGUAUAGGGGGAAGAAGAGACUCAACUAUGAGCAGCAGCUGGACAAGGAUGGUAACUUAGGUCCCGCCCUCAUCAUGGCGGGCGAGAGCCUAGAUGAGAUCCCUACCAUCGACAACAACCAGGGCCGCCGGCUGAUCGGCAUCAACGUCAGCAACAACCAGAUCAGCGAGCUCCCGGAGCAGUUGAAGGGCCUGAAGAGGCUUGAGUUCCUCAUCCUGACCAACAACCAGUUCACCACCCUGCCGCCCUCAAUCGGCCAGUUAGCCGGCCUGCGCUCGCUCAACCUGAGCGGCAAUCAGCUGUCCACGCUCCCAGACGAGAUGGAGGAUCUAGACGAGCUGCAGGAGCUGAUUCUAGACAACAACAAGUUUGACGCCAUCCCACCAGUCGUAUUCAAGAUGCCCCGCCUCCGGGAGCUCCACAUGCAACACAACAGCGUCCAGGUCAUCCCACCAGAGAUCACCAAGAUGACCGGGCUGCGGAUCCUGGUCCUGGACUACAACAAGAUCACCGAUGUCCCCGCCGAGGUGGGCCAGAUGAAGCUGGAAGAAUUGUGGGUACAGCACAACCGUGUGGAAACAUCGCCCGACGAUCUCAAGAUCAGUAAAUUGAAACUUCAUGACAACCCCAUCGACCCGAUAGAUCAACCUUAGACCGGUAGCUUGUGUAUCCCUUAUCACCGGUUUGCUGUGCCUUAACCCUACCAUAAAGCUAUUUUUUACCUGGAACCUUCCCGAAUCCUCCAAAAUCCUUCACUGUGCCAGAAACCAAUGGCAUAUCUUUUGUUAUCCACUUUCACUGGUACUGUUGCUCGAGGCACCAAACAUUAUAAUCCCUUUUCACCAGACCACUAUCAGAAGCAUUCCUGAAAUCUGUGGGUAGAGCACGUACAUGUAUAUAGCUCAAUGCUGCCAUUUAAAGUGCACAUGGCUUAUCAAGCAUGGCUUAUAGCACAUGGCACAUGGCUUAUGGCACAUGGCUUAUCAAGCACAGCAACCAUCAUCUCCCCUUGUUCCCCGGGAGUACGUAUACACCCAUUUCUGAAUUUGAACACCUGACCCUAUGAUGGUGAGUUACAAACCCUGACCACAGGGUUGCACAUCCUAACCUUAAGAUUUUUUAGAGCAUCAAGCUUUGUGUAAAGUACUGGUCAAUGCAAUCUUAAAUAUUCUCUGGGAGGGUUAGGGUGAAUAUGCGCAUGGCUUUGACUGAAUUAUAAAUGUAGUAAGCUAUUUACUGAUUAGAUAUUCAUUUAAUAUACAGGUAUGUAGAUUGUCAAUCUCUGAAUUUGAUAAUGGUGUUCUCUGUGUGUGUAAAUAUACCUAAAGGUAUAAUCUGUGUGGUACAAUGUAGUAGCAUGGCAUAAAUAAUUAGCAACUCAUUCAUCAAAUUUUAAAAUUGAUUAAGAAAGUAAUUCAGUACUGAAGUACUGUGUAGGAUAAAUUGCGAAAUGUCUUGUGAAUGUUGCAUCGCGAACGUGCUGCUCUACGUAAUACAUGUACUUAAUGACAAUUGGGUAUCAUAUUUUUCACGCGACUUGAACUACAAGUCUAAGUCUAUGGAUCAGCAAUAGCGCUGACCUUUUUUUUAAAAAAGAGAUGUGACUGAUGUCGGGUUUUGUGAUUGUUUGUAGGUGAUGGACAAUUCAAUAGGUCCCUCCAACUUUGCACAUGGGCCAAUAACUGUAGCUCAUGCUGCUGUCUCCCAUAACCACACUGCAUAUAUGUCGGCCGCAAACGUUAACUGGCAGAUGCACACAUGUCACACUUUGGCGUAUGCGUCACAACUGUCAAAACACCCCAGGGCAGCACUUGAUGAGGUGGUCUGCCCGCUCCUUAGCCCUAACCUUCCAACCACACAGAAUUAAACAGUAGUAAAGUGUUUAAUUCUGUGGGGAUAGGUCUGGUAGGCCCAUAACAGCUGGCUUUUGCAUUGGGUUUGGCAUACCUCAGAAAAACAAAGUCCAACAGCCUCUGUACACAAAGUCCGAUACGGGUGUUUCACUUUGUGUGAAUGGAGAAGGUUAGGGCCAGCAACCCUUGGGGGGGGGUAGGGUUAAGGAAUGAGAGAAGGAACUUUAGUGACAACGUGUCACAGGCUCGCAUAGUCACAUGCACGUUUGGUGCGGGAGACCGACUUCUGUUCAAAUCUAGCGUUUUAGCACGUGUGCCCUUCACCAAGUUCACAUUUUUCCUAACAGCCUGUCGCUUUGCUGGUAGGGGGGGUAGGGGGAUAGGGAAGGGAGGGUUCAAAGCAUAUAAGUACUCAAGUUCAUAUAUUUGAGGUCCUUCUAUAUGCACAAGACAUACAUGUACAAAUAAUAUAUGAUUUAGUUCACAAAUAGCUUGUAUACUCGAAACAGUUUUAGUGAAAUAUUGCAUAAUUUACUGCUUUCUGAAUUUUAGUUGCACACAUUGACGUUGAAUUUUAGUUUAAUACAUUAAGCUCUACAAAUCAUGCCUAGACCCAUUUCCCCAGCCAAGUUGACUUAAGCUUGCUGAAGUCCCCACCAAAUCCUCCACUAUAUGGGAAACCAAUGGUGUACACACACUAUGGCAUCAUUUCAUCAUGACAGAUGACUGGAAAAGCUAUCUUAUGCAUCAGGUCAAUAAUAGUGACCUUCAUAUGACAUCCCAAGUAUUGUCCACUGGCUGGACACUAUCUUCCAUAGUCCCCUCAAAUUCCUCAAAGGCUCCCUAGUGGAUAUAAAAGGAUCAGGAAAGGAUCUGUCUGGAAAUACAUGUACAGGGAAUACACUGCAGGUCUGCCAACUUUUCCAAGACAUUUUCAAGGUUCUACUGCAGUAUACGUGGGUUUAGCAGGGGUCUGUUCUGUAGUCAAAGUUGUUAAGACAAAACCUUUCCUGACCAGUGUUAAAUUGUAUAACCAAAGAAGAGUACACGUAUGCGUAUAUCAUAGGGGUACUUUAUCUUAAAUUGAGGAUUUAUGUGUGUGAUGAUUUUACCGUGUGUAUUCUUGACAAAUUUGUAACAGUCCAAGGUACUAUUAGUGGAAGUCUCCCAUCAGCCUGUAGCUGUGGAACAGAUGGAUUUGCAUUUUAAUAAAAGUACAGAAUGUCUGUGGGGAUGAUAUGUUGCUUAGCAACAUUGAUUUAUGUAUCACUGAAAUUAAAGAGUACUGCCAAGUUCAAUUUUUUUGAAACGCUAGUCUUUUGGUCGAUUAACAUCUAUUGUUUUUGGCUUCCGUGAGAAGGAAGAUCUGUCCGAGCAAGUAUCUUUUAAAGAGCUCAUGCAGUUUUACACAUGCAGUGUUUUUUCUGUACCAGGUCUCCUGAUUGACAUUGUACAAAAUUUGAAAGUAGAUUAUAUUUUUCCACAAGUCACUUACAAAAUAAUGAAUGUGAACCCAGCUUUUUCAGAAGUGUGCUUUAAAAGAAAACACGUAUCUGCAGGUCUCUGGGCUCUCCAGUAAAAGCUUUCCUGAGUGCUGCCAUUUGCCCAUUCAUGGAGAUAAAGAAUAAGAAAGGAUGGGUUAAUAUGCUGGAAACCUCAAGGAAAGAACAACACGUUUGUGAUUAUGUGAGAAGCUCACCCAUGUACCUCUGCGCAUUUUAGUACAAUUAACUAUUACCACGAGUGCAGUUUCCAGACAAAUCCAUCAGCAAGGAAUUCUGUUGGAUUGCGUUGGAUAAUUUCAGGCAUCUCUUGAUUGCAUUCCUUUGCAUGUUGUGCAUAGAGAGCAUUGAAAUCUGUGCAAAGACUGACAUUUGAACUCCUUUGUACAUACAAUAUAUGCAUGUACAUGUACAGUAGGUGCGUUUUCAAAUCCUGAAUCUCUCAAUACUGACACUGUGGGUGCACAGGAAACCAACAGUGCACAUUCAGUGCAUACAUUUAGAAUGCCAGACCAACAUGUAUCACCAAGAAACAAUGGCAGUGUUCCACCAUCUUGAGGGUAGAUACAGUAAACAGAUUAUUAGCACAGCAAAUCAGUAGGACAUCUUAAAUUACCCUCAUUUUUAAAGGAAAGCUACAUGUACUCGUACAUGUACAUGGAUAAUGUUUGAUCAUAGGGCUGUAUCAAAUUACUAGAGAUCUAACUCGUUAUUCCAUUGCGCACAAAGACCUUGAAGCCAUUCUGAAGAGCACAGAUUACAUGUGUAAGUUCAUGUGUGUAUUUGUAGAACAUAAGAUCAGAUGGACUGAAUCUCAAACAUUGUGUUAUAUGUGUAUUGCCCAAGUACAUGUAUAAUAUACUAUGUAAGCAUGCAAACUUCAGCAAACUUCAUCUCUAGUGUACAUGCAUACUACAUGUAGUGGAGAAUAUAGUUUAUGCAGAUAUGCAAUUAGCCAUGCUAAAUCUGCACUAAUUCAUGGAUUGCGCAUGGAUGUAGCCAGCAGGGUUCACUUUACAAAAUGAGUUAAUGCUCUGGUAUUUUUAACCCGCAGUAUGUAUUCAACAGUAAAACCAAUGUAAGAAAUUACAAACGUACUUGUACAUGCACAUUUGCAAAAAUGUACAGUGCUUACUUGUUCUGAGCGUGCUUUCAGUGCAUUGCGUGUAUUGGAAGUUAGCAGUAUCAUGGAGGAAUCCUUCCUCCAUGGAAGCAUCAAGCUGCUUGGGAGUGUCAGUCCCAAAUAAUGUUUACUGUUGUGGAGUUUGUAUUCAUUCAAAAUGGUUGUCAAUCAUUGUAUUCAUACUUUAAUGCUAAAUGCUCGUAUUAAAAAAGUAAUCACUGGGCUAUUUUUGUUCGUAAGCAUUGUGUUUGAAUUAGGCUGAAAACGGAUUUUCGUGUAUAUAGUGUUUUGUAGAAUAUCAGCAUUAUUCACAUCAAUUGGCAAACUGUGUGUGUACUAAGUCUUUGUACCCGUAUUUGGCAAUAUGGACUUGAAACUUUGUUUUUGUAUGCGAUAAGAGUAGUGCCCUGCCUUCAGAUGGUAUUUCCAUGCAGCUAUUGCAUUUAAUAGUUCUAUGGUGCACUUCAGUAGAACAGGACUCUGUCAACCUAUAUAGAGGUGCUGUUUGCACAAAAGCUUAGCUAUGAAGGAGGAUGGUUUUCAGUCCUGAAUUGCAAUGCUAAAUGAACACAUAGCAAUAGUGUUGGACUGGGGCUGGGCACGGAUUAAGUACCUAUACAAAAGGCCUUUGGAAAGGUUCUAAGAAUGCACCCACGCUGUACUGUUGAGGUCAAAAGGAAUUAGUGAAUGGUGACAUGCUGAGUAAACAAUUGUGGCAGAUUUUUACAGAGAACUUCGCACAGACAUCUUUAUGAAAGAAAAUGUUUUUGAUGGUUGACACAGCUAUGGCACAAUGGGCAUAAUGAAGGCCUCCUAUUUGUAAAAUGGCUGCCACACCCCCAAAAGGGUGAAUUUGUAAUGGCAAUGAAAACCAGUGUCAAUACGUCACUAUUAUAGCAACUGCCCACAGGAUGAAAUUGAAUGCAUUUCUAAAAUGCAUUUUUAUUGUUUUUUUACACUCAGGAACCACUUGGCGUGGACAUUUGAUGCUGCAAACUUGCAAAGUUACCGUAGAGUACUAAAUUGUCAAGAAGAAGCAGUAGACUUGAGUAGGGUCCAGUUUGACAGUGCUAAUGUACUUUAACAAUAGUCCAGAAAAUUGCACAAUCCAGGACACUGCCCACAUCAUGCUCGCAUUCAAAGCAAAAGAAUGCACGCUUUUAUUUUCACAGGCCUGGGACGAGCACUGUCUCGUGUCUCGUUAAAAAAAAAAGUAAUGUAAUAGGAAAAUGGAGUCGUUUGUUUGUCUCUUGUCUGGGACCUGGGACUUAGCAGAGACAUCUGGUGUAAAAUAAUCCCAUCUGCUGCAGUUUGUGUAUUCAUGCAUUACCAUACAAGUACUACUGUACAUGAGCAGUUGGUUGAUUAGUGUUAUGCUCAGAUGAAAAUAUAUAUCCGUAUACUAGUUGAAAUAUUUA